CUCUCACAUCUCUCGUCUCUCUUUCAAUAUUUUCCUCUCUCUAGAAUGUAGAUGUCUCUUCCAAUAUUUUCCAUCGCCGCUAAAAUUACCUUAAUUUUCCCAUUUCUCUAUUAUCCACUCCCGGGUGCCCUCUCUCUCUCUCUCUAAACUUCUCUUUAUUUUUCCCAUUUCUCCAUUAUCCACUCUCUCUCUAAGAUUCCUUUUAUUUCUGCCACUCCUCGUAUUGGCUUUAUGUUUUCGAUUUCUCUGUUAUCUCUCUCUAAAUUUCCCCUAUCCGUUUCUUCAUUUCCUCUCUUGUCUUCUCUCUUUUUCUGUUCUGUCUUUCUUCCUCUCUCUAUCUGCUGCCAUUUGUCCGGCAACCUUAAGCAUAGCUCCGCGUAUUUCUGUUGCCGGAUCUUGGCUUGACAUACUCUGAAAUCGGGUUUACACGGUCAAAGGCCACCUUCCUCUUGUUGAAUCCAUUAGGUUUGGCAAAGCUGGGAAAUAAUUUGAUUAACUCACUUAGUCACUUCAAAGAUGACGUCUCGUUCAUAUACUAAUCUGUUAGACCUUGCGACUGGGAAUUUCCCUGCGCCAACCCGAUCUGGCAAGCGCCUUCCUAGAGUAAUGACAGUGCCUGGAGUUAUCUCUGAACUUGAUGAUGACAAUGCAAAUAGUGUAUCAUCUGAUGUCCCCUCUUCAGUUAGCCAAGAACGUAUAAUAAUUGUGGCCAACCAGCUGCCCUUGCGUGCUCGAAGGAGGCCUGAUAAUAGGGGCUGGAUUUUCAGUUGGGAUGAUGAUUCAUUGCUUUUACAGCUCAAAGAUGGGCUACCUGAUGAGCUUGAUGUUAUCUAUAUUGGUUCUCUAAAAGUUGAGGUUGAUCUCAAUGAACAAGAAGAAGUUGCCCAAAUUCUUCUUGAGAAGUUCAAAUGUGUCCCGGCUUUUCUCUCUCCUGAACUUUUGAUCAAGUUCUAUCAUGGGUUCUGCAAACAGCAUCUAUGGCCCUUGUUCCACUAUAUGCUUCCUCUAUCGCCCCAUCAUGGUAACCGAUUUGACCGAUCGCUAUGGCAAGCUUAUGUUUCUGCAAACAAAAUUUUUGCUGAUAAAGUAAUGGAGGUUCUUAAUCCUGAAGAUGACUUUGUUUGGGUUCACGACUACCAUUUGAUGGUGUUGCCCAAUUUCUUGAGGCGAAGAUUCAAUCGGUUGAAGAUGGGCUUCUUCCUUCAUAGCCCAUUCCCUUCAUCCGAGAUUUAUCGAACUCUUCCUGUGAGAGAUGAGAUCCUUAGGUCACUUUUGAACACAGACUUGAUUGGGUUUCAUACUUUCGAUUAUGCUCGCCAUUUUCUCUCUUGUUGUAGCAGAAUGUUGGGCUUGGAGUACCAAUCAAAGCGUGGUUACAUUGGUUUGGACUAUUAUGGCAGGACAGUUGGCAUCAAGAUCUUGCCCCUUGGAAUACACAUGGGCCAGUUGCAAUCGCUAUUGAAUCUGGCUGACAAGGAAUGGCGGGUCAACGAGCUACUAGAGCAGUUCAAAGGUAAAACGGUAGUGUUGGGGGUCGAUGAUCUUGAUAUUUUUAAAGGAAUUAAUCUCAAACUUUUGGCAAUGGAACAGUUGCUUGUGCAACAUGCUAGUCGGCGAGGGAAAGUAGUUUUGGUUCAGAUUAUGAACCCAGCAAGGGGAAUCGGAAGAGAUGUAGAGGACCUACAAGCUGAGAUAAUAGCUACAUCUGAUAGGAUCAAUGAAGCUUUUGGCUCUCCUGGUUACGAACCUGUGGUCUUGAUAGACAGAGCUGUUCCCCUUAAUGAGAGGAUAGCUUAUUACACAGUUGCUGAAUGUGUAGCCGUCACGGCAGUGAGAGAUGGGCUUAACCUCACUCCUUACGAAUACAUUGUUUGUAGACAAGGUGGUAACUUUGUGAAUCCUAGUGAUGGAACUCCCAAGAAGAGUAUGUUGGUGGUCUCCGAAUUUAUUGGGUGUUCCCCUUCUCUAAGUGGAGCCAUAAGGGUGAAUCCUUGGAAUGUUGAUGCAGUUGCUGAGGCUAUAAAUGUUGCUCUCGCCACGAGUGAGGCUGAGAAGCAGCUGAGGCAUGAGAAGCAUUAUAGGUAUGUGAGCACCCAUGAUGUUGCUUAUUGGGCUCGUAGCUUCAUGCAAGAUAUGGAGAGAAUUUGCAAGGAUCACUCCAGAAGGAGGUAUUGGGGAAUUGGGUUCGGGUUUGGAUUUAAGGUUGUUGCUCUUGACCCUUAUUUUAGGAAACUCUCUAUUGAACAUAUAGUGUCAGCUUAUAAGAGGACCAAGAGCAGGGCUAUACUAUUGGACUAUGAUGGUACUGUGAUGCCUCGGACUUCAAUCAGUAAGGCUCCUAGUGCAGAGGUGAUAUCAAUACUCAAUACUCUUUGUGGGGAUCCGAAGAACGUAGUCUUUAUUGUGAGCGGUAGAGGGAGGGAUCCCUUGAGCAGCUGGUUUGCUCCUUGUGAGAAGCUUGGGCUUUCAGCUGAGCAUGGUUACUUCUUGAGGUGGAAGAGAGAUGAGCAAUGGGAGACAUUUGAUCACACGUUGGACCUGGCAUGGAUGCGAAUAGCGGAGCCGGUUAUGAAGCUCUACACUGAGACCACCGAUGGCUCCUCCAUCGAAACCAAGGAGAGUGCGUUGGUGUGGCAUCACCAAGAUGCAGACCCUGACUUUGGCUCUUGCCAGGCCAAGGAGCUACUCGACCACCUUGAGAGUGUUCUGGCAAAUGAACCAGUUGCUGUGAAGAGUGGCCAUCACAUUGUUGAAGUGAAACCACAGGGUGUGAGCAAAGGCAUUGUGGUAGAGAAGCUUCUAUCUGCCAUGGCUGAAAAGGGCAGCAUGCCAGACUUUGUCUUGUGCAUAGGCGAUGAUCGAUCUGAUGAGGACAUGUUUGAGGCAAUCAGGGGCAAUGGUGCCUCAUUGGGGUCUUCGGGAAAUCUCUCUCCUCUUAACAGAGAGGUCUUUGCAUGCACAGUGGGUCAGAAACCGAGCAAGGCCAGGUAUUACUUGGACGAUCCCCAGGAGGUCAUAACGAUGCUUCAAUCCCUUGCUGAUGUUACAAUGGAUUAAACCACUGAAAAGCCCAAGAGACACUAGAUUCCACCCACUCUAAAGGAAAUGACGUCUCUCCAAAACCCUAAAAGAUGUAAGUCUAUAUACACUGGAGAAAACAAGUGAAAUUGGUCAUUGAGAAGGAAGAUCUCACCAUAUAUCUUGAAGGACUUGGAAUACAUGGAGUCUUGAUCACCUCAACAACAGGAGAAAAAGGAGAAAAAGGAGGAAAAUUAUGUUUGGGAUGUUGCUGAAUUACAUGGGGAAAUUUGAUGGUUAAGAAAAUUUGGAAUGAAAAUGCUGUUCAAAGUUUUGGUUAAGAUGCCUAGAGGACUGAGGGAGACAUGUUUCAUGUUAGGCCUAUGUUUAAGAAAUUCUCAUUGGAUUUAAUUGAGGGACGGUGCACUUGUCCGAUGAGAUAGGGCCUCUAUGAAAUACUGUUCAAGAUUAUUUUCAAAGAAAUCAGGAAUAAUGGAAUUAAAUUCUUUUGCGGACUUCAUGGUGGAAAUGGGUUGCUUAGUUGGUGGAUGAAUUAGUGUUUCAAUGAAAAACUUGUCCCUUGGAGAAUUGCAGGCUGCUAAUGAGGCAUUAUUGACAAUUCACUGGGUAUGCAUUAUACUACUUUUGUUUUUUUCCCAAUGGCGCAUCGUAUUGAGAUCUAUCAGCAAGCAAUCUGUCCCUGUCAAGUUCAUGACCUUUUCCUCUUUUUCUCUUAUUCUUUUUUUUCUCUUUGCUCUUUUGGAAGUUUUGUCUCGUGAAGUAUGAUUUUUACAUGUGUCAAUUCGAUUUUGUAAAUAGAUUUUGAAUACCUUCUCCAAUUACAAUAAUUCAACUGUGAAUCCGGGUGUUUCUUCAAUUGCAGAUUUCUAUUGGGAA